AUGUCCUCCAAUUCCGUCCUCAUGCAAGGAGAGUGCGUCCUUCUGUUGCCCGAACAAGUCCCCGAUCAAGCCAUCUUCUGCCCCGCGUACGCCAAGGUCACGGGCGUCCAAAAGAAGACUGCCAAGGUGUCAGUCGAGCGCAUCCCGUACGGCGACAAGCCCACGUUUGCGACCUCGCUCGAAGCUUCGCUCAAACCUCAACAAGUCCCAUCGAAGAAGCGACCAAGACCAAACCCGACGUCCUCCUCCGUCAAGGUGUCGUCGCUAUCCACGACGCAGUAUACCACUACGGCCAAGUAA